AUGGUGGAUGACACGCCUGGAGCUAUAAAUGCACUGACGCGCAAGGGAACUGCAUUUGUCACGAUAUGCAGUUCCCUCAGCUUCCACGCGCUGCGGUUGAUCCUCCGCGAUGCCUUUUUUCGCUCGGCGGCUACGUCGCCCAACGCCAUGAUGAAGCGGAAGGUCGCGGAGCACUACUUGCUCUCAGCAAUUCACGCCUUCAGCUGCUCCGCGUUCUGCUUGAGAAAGUUCUUGAGCAAAAGGUGGACAUCGGCGGUAGGUUCCGAAGCGAUGCUCUGCUUCUCCCUGGGCUACACCAGCUACACGUUGCUGGCGCUCAGGGGUCAAUUGUUUUCGGACCCCUUGUUCGCGGUGAACGAGAUGGCAAACUUUGUCAAGUACUGGUCAUGCCUCCGUGCACAAGGAACUGGCUGGAUUGUGCCGUUGCUCUUCUCUGCAGAGAUCCCAACUGCUUGUCUGGACAUGCUGCGAAUGCUCGCAGAGGUGGGCCUCCCGCCAUCCAGUCUGGCUUGGAGAUUUUGCCUGGGUGCCUUCACAACGAGCUUCAUUCUGGUAAAAGGAUUGCUACUGCCUAUCUUCCUUGGGACGGUGAUUGCGCGGCCGCGGCGUUUCCCAGAGCUACACCAACCAGCUUUCUUGCCCGCGAAGCUGGCAAUGCUGCUUCGUUUGGCCAUGAGCUACACAUGGUUGAGCAUUGUCGCACGGCAUUGGGUGCCAACGCGGCACAUGCAUCCGGAGGGCUAUCUCGUCUCUCCGAGUGCACAGCGCCUACCCAGCUUGCGCAACAUUACGCCAAGCCUAUCUGACGUCUGGCAGCACUUCCGAACUGCAUACAAUCCCCUGAGCCUGCUCUUCUUCUCAGUCCUGCAGGCGUGCUACUUCGUUGGACCUGCAGCGUUGCCUGCAAUCCUUUAUGCCCUUGCAAGGAAGCCAGGGUACCGAUUGGCAGCUGGCUCAGCCUUGGCUGGUCUAGGAGUACUGGCGGUGUGGCCCAUGCACACGGAGCGACCGUAUCGGACUGGUGGGUCUGCCUUCCCGGAGCGCGUUGAGCGCUGGCUCUACGAUCGUUUGCUGCGCUACUUCUCCUUCAAGGUGGAUACCUCGGCCGUCUUCGAGGCAUCGGUGGCGAAAGGGCUUGCCGAGCAGCAAGAACCUCUUGACGCAGCCGAUCUCUUGAAUGUAGCUGAUCUUCUUCACCACUUCUUCACCUGCUAUUCGAAGGUUCCACCUUCUUCCAAGGGUCCCAGAUUAGAGGGCCAUACCUACUUCGGCUUUGGAGAGGUGCAUUGGGGUGCCAGGUCCUUUCCGAGGUUCAUUGUAGCCGGAGCUCUCAUGAAAUCAGAUGUGCCCUCUUUGUCGCAGGAUGAUGCUGGUGCUUAUGUUCAAGCAACGGCAAAGGCUUUGCGUGAAGAGAUUGACGCUUCGUUGGCGGGGCAGUUAGUUCGCUUCGGCGGCUUGAUUCCAGCCACACCGCAGUCCAUCAAACGUGCGUUGACAUGGCCUUACCCAAAUAACAUCACCUUCAUCGUGCCGGGCGGCAUUGCAGAGAUAUUCCUGAUGCGCCCUGACUUGGAGCAGGUGUUUAUCAAAAGCCGCAAGGGUUUCAUCAGGCUUGCCCUGCAGGCCGGGGUGGAUGUUGUUCCCGUCUAUGGCUUGGGGCACACGCAGCUGUUUACAAUGCUGGACAAGUCUUCUGGACUCGGUGGGUUUAUGAUGCGAAUGAGCAGACGCCUGAAGGUGUCGCUUCCACUCAGCUACGGACGAUUGGGAAUGCCGCUCAUCCCCUACUCAAAGCCGGUGGCCGCUUUGGUGGGGAAGCCCAUCCGGAUCGACACGCCUGAGCCAAACCCGUCCAACGAGAGGGUUGACGAGCUGCAUGCGCA